GAACGAUAGCAAUGAAAAAAUAUGACUUCAAUAAGUGUCCUAUUAGAGUGACCGACUGCCCCAACUUUUUUAUUGUCUUGUAUGAAGAAACAUUGGCAUGUUUCAAAAAUCAUGAAUUCAAUGUGGAAAUAUGGAAACAUCUGUUGCAGCUUGGUGUCAUCAACAACGUGCUGUUUUCUUGCAGAGACAGGAUAAAGCAAGAAUAUUUAGGCCGGACGCAAUUUUCAUCCAAAUGUAACUGAAACUUACUUGAAGCGUUUAAUGGGAGUACAUCCAAAUGCAUCAAUGCAUUUGGCACCUUACAAGCCAAAACUUAUUACUUUAAGCAAUGAUGACAUCCCAGAACAAUUUGAUGCAAGAGAACAUUGGCCAGAAUGUCCUACAUUAAGAGAAAUCAGAGAUCAAGGAAGCUGUGGAAGUUGCUGGGCUUUUGGAGCUGUAGAAGCAAUGUCAGAUCGUGUGUGCAUUCACUCCAAAGGAAAUAUUCAUUUUCGGUUUUCCGCUGAAGAUUUGGUUUCCUGUUGCCACACCUGUGGUUUCGGAUGCAACGGUGGAUUUCCGGGUGCCGCCUGGUCGUACUGGGUUCACAAAGGUAUUGUGAGCGGAGGAUCCUUUGGAAGUCAUCAGGGUUGUCAACCAUACACCAUCGAGCCUUGCGAACAUCAUGUAAAUGGUUCUAGACCUUCUUGUGAUGGUCAUGACAGUCGCACUCCAAAAUGCCAAAAACAAUGUGAGGCAGGAUACGAUGUUUCCUAUAAAGAUGACAGACAUUAUGGCAAAAACUCAUAUUCCAUUCGCAAUGAUGAGAAAGAAAUCCAACACGAAAUUAUGACCAACGGUCCAGUUGAAGGAGCAUUUACUGUGUACGAGGAUCUUCUUAACUAUAAGACAGGUGUCUACCAACAUGUAACUGGACGAGCUCUAGGUGGCCAUGCUAUUCGUAUUUUGGGUUGGGGCGUUGAAGAAGAUACACCAUACUGGCUCAUUGCCAAUUCCUGGAACUCUGACUGGGGAGAUAAUGGAUAUUUCAAGAUAUUGAGAGGUUCUGAUCAUUGUGGUAUCGAAAGCCAAAUUUCUGCCGGUCUUCCCAAUGGCAAUGCCAGACCUAUCAACACAGUAGUUGAAGAAUAAAUAAUAUACAAUAAGGUUAAUUUAAAUUUAUAUAUAAAACGACUUUUUUAAUAUUUGAUUAUAAAACAUAUCACUGACAAUAAGAUUCGUACAAUUAUUUUAAAACAAAGCAAAUUAUUAGGUUCGUAACGAAAGAUUUACACUCUAUGCUAUAUCUUUCAAUUCUUAAAUGAUGUAUAUUAAAAGUUAAGUU